GCAUCUUGUGGACUUGCCGUGGCGAGCUACCUCCACGCUCCCGCUUCCGCAAUUUUGUUGCAGUGCUUUGGAUUCUCGUGGUUGCUCGUCUCAGGUGGUUCACUUCUUAACUUGCUUCGUUACGCGCCGCCUUCUCCUGCAUUGUCUCUUCAUAUAUAUGAAGUGAAGAUGUCGGCCUCCAAGGAUGGCGACCCUCGGAUCCAGUAUAUCUCGGACAGCAUCCGUACCAUUCCUGAUUUUCCUCACAAAGGCAUUAUGUUCCGAGAUGUGACGACGUUGCUGUUGGAUCAUAAGGCUUUCAAAGACACGAUCGACAUCUUUGUUGAGCGUUACCGGGACCAGAAGGUGGACGUCAUUGUGGGAAUUGAAGCUCGAGGUUUUAUCUUUGGGCCACCCAUUGCUCUUGCCAUCGGUGCGAAGUUUGUGCCAAUGCGCAAGCCUCGUAAACUUCCAGGCCCUGUGAUUAGGGAAGAGUAUAGUCUAGAGUAUGGUACCGAUUGCAUUGAGAUGCACGUUGGAGCCAUCGAGAAGAACGAGCGCGUAGUUAUUGUUGAUGACUUAAUUGCCACCGGAGGCACUCUUGGAGCUGCCAUCAAAUUGCUAGACAAAGUUGAAGCGGAGAUUGUGGAAUGCGCGUGCUUGGUUGAGCUGGUAGACCUGAAGGGUCGUGAGAAGUUGUCGGGCAAGCCGCUGUACAUCUUGGUGGAAUAUGAGGGCGAGUAAGCUUCACCAUCCCCGAACUGUCGCCGUGGUCAUUGGUUCUAUGAAGUGCCAAUCCUAUAUAUAUGGAAACACGAUCUGCAAACAUUAUGGCAAAAGCAGAUCGUACUGCAAUUAAUUUUGAGCUACUAUCGAUUCUUUGAUUUUCGGUUUUCCAAGGUGUAUGACUUUGGGUCAGAAUUAUUUAGACAACCUGGUUGUCUGAACAUUCAUAUAUACUUAUCUCAGAGGAUUAUGCUUUACUGGGACCUUUUCUUCUAACCUCGGAAACGUAAUUGUAGCAUCA